CGAAAUAACUCCUUCGGUCGGUUAUAUCCCCUACCAUCCAAUGUCGUGAUGCUCCCUCGGUAGUAAAAAAAAGGGGUGUUUUGUUGAGAAAAGGGGCGCCAGCUGUGGGUGCAGGUGACAGACAGGUCUUUCAGCUGGCAAGUACGCGCCUUGCGCGUUCCGGUCGCGUUUUCCCAUCUCCCCCCACAUUCGUUACAAUCUCAACCCGCAGCCGCAGCCUGACGCCCUCCCCGCUUGACCCUGCCACCAUCUCCAUUUUCCAUAUUUCUCCGUCAACGGCAGCAUCAUGGACACUUUGAUGCUUCAGAGAGACGAGGCCACGCGCGAUCGCGUGCGCCAGGCCAUCGAGUUCCUCGAUCCCCAUGACCAACAUGCGCGGAGCUACAGGUCAGACAUCAUCCUGAUGCUACAGAAGAACCAACGCAGACUAGUUGUCAACAUCGACCAUGUCCGUGACCACAAUUCCGAGAUCGCCGAGGGUCUCCUCAACAACCCGUUCGAUUUCAUCCUGGCCUUCGACCAUGCCUUAAAGGAGAUCGUCAAGACCUUGCCCCAGGCCCGCCCUGACCAAAUCGAUGCGGAUGUGUUGUAUUACUGCGCCUGGGCCGGCAGCUUCGGCCUCAACGCCUGCAACCCGCGGACGCUGUCGUCGCAGCACCUCAACAGCAUGGUCUCGAUCGAGGGCAUCGUCACACGUUGCUCGCUAAUCCGGCCCAAGAUCGUCAAGAGUGUGCACUACGCGGAAACCACUGGGAAGUGGCACUUCAAGGAGUACCGCGACCAGACUAUGACCAAGGGCGUCGCCACCACGAGCGUCUACCCCACCGAAGACCAGGAAGGAAACCCCCUGAUGACCGAGUACGGGCUGUGCACGUACAGGGACCACCAGACCGUUUCGAUCCAGGAGAUGCCCGAGCGGGCGCCCGCAGGCCAGCUGCCCAGGGGUGUCGACGUGAUACUAGACGACGACCUUGUCGACAAGGUCAAGCCCGGCGACCGUGUUCAGUUGGUGGGCAUCUUCCGAACUCUCGGCAACCGGAACACCAACCACAACAGCGCACUCUUCAAGACAGUACUUCUGGCAAACAACGUUGUGCUGCUCUCGACCAAGUCGGGCGGCGGUGUCGCGACUGCCACUAUUACCGACACGGAUAUCCGGAAUAUCAACAAGAUCGCCAAGAAGCAGAAGCUGUUCGACCUGCUGUCGCAAUCUUUGGCCCCGAGUAUUUACGGGCACGAUUACAUCAAGAAGGCCAUCCUCUUGAUGUUAUUGGGAGGAAUGGAGAAGAACCUGGAGAACGGCACACAUUUGAGGGGUGACAUUAAUAUCCUGAUGGUCGGUGACCCCUCGACUGCAAAGUCCCAACUGCUUCGUUUCGUGCUCAACACGGCGCCGCUGGCUAUUGCCACUACUGGUCGUGGCUCUUCCGGCGUCGGUUUGACCGCUGCCGUAACAUCCGACAAGGAAACGGGAGAGCGGAGAUUAGAGGCUGGUGCCAUGGUCAUGGCCGAUCGCGGUGUGGUGUGCAUCGACGAGUUCGACAAGAUGUCGGACAUUGACCGAGUGGCUAUCCACGAAGUCAUGGAACAGCAGACGGUUACCAUUGCCAAGGCGGGCAUUCACACCUCCCUGAACGCUCGCUGCAGUGUCAUCGCCGCUGCCAACCCCAUCUUUGGCCAGUACGACACCCACAAGGACCCGCACAAGAACAUCGCGCUCCCCGAUUCCCUGCUGUCUCGUUUCGAUUUGCUCUUCGUCGUCACGGAUGAUAUUGAGGAUACCCGGGACCGGCAGGUCUCAGAACACGUCCUCCGCAUGCACAGAUACCGGCAAGCCGGGACAGAGGAAGGCGCGCCAGUGCGUGAGAACGCGGGCCAAGCGCUAAACGUGGCACUCAACAACCAAGCUGAGUCGCAGCGCCCGACCGAAGUGUACGAGAAGUUCGAUGCGAUGCUGCACGCAGGUGUCAAGGGGACAGGGCGGGGUGCCAACAAGAAGCCGGAGGUGCUGAGCAUCCCCUUCAUGAAGAAGUACAUCCAGUACGCCAAGACGCGUAUCAAGCCCAUCUUGACACAGGAGGCGGCCGACCGCAUCGCCGACAUCUACGUCGGUCUGCGUAACGAUGACAUGGAAAGCAACCAGCGCAAGACGAGUCCCAUGACGGUGCGUACGCUCGAGACGCUCAUCCGUCUUGCCACUGCACACGCCAAGUCCCGCCUUUCCAACCGGGUAGACGAGCGCGACGCCGCUGCCGCGGAGUCCAUCCUCCGCUUCGCGCUCUUCAAAGAAGUCAUCGAGGACGAAUCCCGCAAGAAGCGGCGCAAGACCCGCCCUCUUGAGAACGAAGCCGAGGGCAGCAAUUCCGACGACGACUCCGACCCCGAUGACGACGAAGAAAAUGGCACCGCCCGCGGCACCACCGCGCGUACCAGCGCCGCACGCUCGACCCGCGCAUCCCAACGCACCAACAAUAGCACCCGCCGCCGGCCGGCUGCCCACGCGACACCCACAGAAACACAAGACGAAACAGGGGGCGACGAAGAAGAGGAGGAGGAACAAGAAGACCUCUACAACGCGACCCCUCGCCGCUCGACUCGCACAUCCCGCACCACUCCGGGCGCCGCAGCAUCCUCCUCCUCCCAACCCUCCUUCGCCUCCUCCCUCCCGGCCUCCCAACUCCGCACCCAAUCCCAACGACGUGGCGACGACGACGCCGCCCUCGCCUCAGGCACCGCCAACCUGACAGUCUCCGACGGCAACAACAACGAUGCCAACGACGACGAAGAAGAAGAAGAGGAAGAAGAAAACGCGCCGAUCAGCGAAGCGCGCCUCGAGGUCUUCCGGCGCGCGCUGGGCCAGCUGCUGAACACGAACCUGUUCGAGGACGACUCGGCCGGCGUGGCCGACCUGAUCGACGCCGUGAACCGCAAGGUUGGUGGUGGUGCUGCGCAGCGGUUCGGUCGGGAGGAGGCGGUUAAGGCGCUGAGGGAGAUGGACGAGCGGAAUCAGAUUAUGUAUACGGAUGGUGAGUUGGUUUAUAAGAUUUGAGGAGGUGGGAGUGGGAUGUGGGAGGGUGGUGGUAGAGUGUGGCA